AUGGACAGGCUGGGCUCACGGUGCCCUCUGCCAGGCAGCCUGCGGCCCUCCGUCCUUACGUGCCUCCUGAUCCUGACAGCUUCUUUCGUGUCAUACCCCAUGCUCAGGACCCUUAGCCUGCAGCUCCACUCAGCCGUCACCGGCAGCUAUGUCUCCGGCACUUAUUCCGUCGUCUUUGUGAACUGUCCCAACGAGCAAAUUGCCAGAGAGAUUGCCAGGGCUAUCUUGGAUAAGAAGCUGGCUGCCUCUGUGAACAUCCUGCCCAAGGCAUCCUCGCUGUACUUCUGGAAUGGAGAAAUCGAAGAAGCCACUGAGAUCCUGUUGCUAAUAAAGACAAAGACUUCCAAGGUCCACGUGCUGUCCGGCUAUAUCAGAUGGCAAACCGGCUCCGGGGCGGUGGGCGUCGGCGCUGGACGGCGGGCUGCCGGACACGUCGCGUUGGUGCAUCCUUUUGAAAUCCCAGAGGUCUUCAGUCUUCCCGUGGACCAAGGAGAUGUCCGCUAUUUCAAGUGGCUGGAGGAGGGCAUGGAGGAGGACUGA